ACAAACAGAACACCAUGGCAGGAGAGACAGAUACGGCUGAACCCGUCCCCCAAUUCUCAUUUAAAAAGCGCUCUGCAAAGACAAAGGCCAAUUUUCGGAAGAAGCCAGAUACACCGCCACCCGCAUCCGACUCUGAUUCCGGCUUUACCUCGUCCGAUGAUGAAGAGGGCCGCAGGAUCAAGAGACGGCGGGGGAAUGCAGCAGUGACCGCAUCAUCGAAAUCCAAUGCGGCUCGAAAGAAUAACACUGUUGAAGAUCAACCGGCCAGCGCGGCCCCCAUGCCGUUGCCCUCGACCAACGAUGCGACCAAACAGUCGAACUGGUACGAUGAAGACUUGAACGAGAAGAAUCUCCUGGGCACCACGAGAGCGCGGCCUCCGUCGGCUCCAGACGGUACCUACAAGGGCGCGGCGAACUACCAGUCCUUCAUUCAGAAGAAUCCCAAUGCUCCGACGAAGCAGUUUGGUCCCAUGAAGGCUCCCACCAACGUCCGCACGAUCACCACGAUGGAUUUCGCUCCGGACGUCUGCAAGGACUACAAACUAACUGGUUUCUGUGGCUUUGGCGAUUCCUGCAAGUUUCUCCAUUCUCGCGAAAUGUAUCAGCAGGGUUGGGAGCUGGAUCGCGAUUGGGAGAUCAACACCAAGGGGAAACAGCUAAAUGGGCGGAUCGUCUCCCAGCGGAAAGGGGCCCAUGCGACGGCUGAGGAUGAAGACGAAGAUGAGGAAGACGAACUACUUGAGAAUAUCCCGUUUGCUUGCAUUAUCUGCAAGAAGCCCUACCAGAGCCCCAUCGUUACGAAAUGCGGGCAUUACUUCUGCGAGUCCUGUGCUCUACAGCGAUACCGAAAAACCCCGUCGUGUGCGGCAUGCGGGGCUGGCACGGGGGGAGUGUUCAACGUGGCCAAGCGGCUGAAUCACCUGCUGGACAAGAAGAGAGAGCGGGCUCGAAAACGGCGGGAGAAGGCGAUUGCAGAGGGCGAGGAAGUCAGUAGCGACGACGACGAGGAGGAAGAGGCAGGCGAUGAGAGUGGCAGUGACUAAUUAAUUAAUGCGUUGUGGCCAAGCAUAUGACUAACGGGAAUGUUGUAAUGUAACAGGGUCCUUGCUGCAGCAGGACUGCAAGAGAAAUAGGAAUCAGGACCCCACAAAGUUAAUAUGUAUCAUCUCCGGCUCACUGCCUUGUAGCGCGGCGACACCCGUCAAGUGUACAAGCCCCAGCGCAGCCGAUCUGCGAGCGCUUCUUCGUUCUUACGCGUCGCCGUGGCCGACUCGAAGGCAGCAAUAUUAUUAUAAGGUGC